CUGUCACUGCUCUCCAUUGCGACUGGUGAGAGAGGUAAGAGACGGAAGGGUUGAGUUCUAUAAGAGUCUAGUCUUAAACGUGUAUGAUCAUACAGACAAACGCUACAAGUGGGUAAGACGCUUUUGCUGCUGCUGUGUGAGUAAGACUGGUUUUAUCCAGGGCUCUGAUAUCUAUCAGUCAGCCAGUGAGAUCAUUUUCUGUGAGCGAAUUAGAUCAUAAAGGUUUGGGCUGAGAUAUACUACACUCAGCCGUUAACUGACGACGCCGGAGGGUUUUUGUGAAGAUGACAUUCAGCCUGGUUCUAGCCACUCUUCUGUGCUUCACCACAUGGAUGAGCUCAGUCCACACAAUAAAUGGACCUGCAGCGAAUUGUUGUACGUUCUGGUCAACCACGAGAGUUCAUCCGAAGAAAAUUAUGAACUACACUGUUCAGCCUGAAAGCCCCUGUCCUAUCACUGCUAUUGUGUUUUAUACGAAGACCAAAAGAAUUUGCUCCGACCCCAGCACUGAUUGGGCAAAAAGGGCCAUGAUGAAGGUGGACAAGGACACAAAAGCCCUGUUGGAGAAGGGACAGAAUCAAGAAGGAUCAGCAAGUGGCAUCAUAACACCAGCUAUGGCCAUUUCAUCAAAAAACACACCACAGAGAAAAGGCAGGAAUGGAAAGAGAAGGCAGAAGAAAAGGAAAGGGAGGAAGAUGCAGUGAAAAGGUGCCUGAGGAAUCAUUAACCAAAUAAGGCACUGCAGUCAGAAAAUAUACUAUUAUUGCAAUUAUUGAACCUUUCCUACUGUAUUUUAUAACUAUACAAACAUCCUAUUAUUCUGGUAGAUCACUAUAUAUUUAAAUAUACAUAUAUUGACUUGUACCUUUUUCAUAACUGUUCGUAUGUAUUCAUAAAGAUCAUAUAUGUUGAACUUUCCCACUGAAUAUUGUAAAUAAAGUCUUAUACAAAAUUAUGAUUUUGUUGUGAAGAAAUGGUUGUAAAUCAGAUAAUCUGUCAGUUGUGUGACAACGCGUUUGUUUCUGGUUUUUGUUCAACAUACAGGAAGGAAAUCAACGCAGACAUACAUCCAAACAGAGAUAACAAAGACAUGCAAUGAUGAACAGAUAGGAGAUGUAAUGCACCAUGAGUGUAAUAGUUAUGCACAUAGUAAUAGACAAGAACAGCCAGAUAAACAUGAAAAAGGAUGGUAAUUUGCUUUGAAGUCGUACUGUGCAAGUAGUGUAUGGCAAUGUAAAGAAAACUGACCAAAGUCCAACAGAUUUUGCUACAAUAAAAAGUA